GAAAACUCGACGUCAGUAUCAGUCGUAGUGCGAUCUCUGCUACUGAACGUAUAGUGAUAUUGUUAGUGACACAAUAACAUGCCGCCGUUCGUGGACAAGGCCGAGGUGCAGGCGGAGUCGGAGGACGCGCUGGAGAAGCUUGUGGCGCCGCAGGCCGCGCCCAGGAAGUUCCAGGUGGUGUACCGAAACCUGGUGACGUUUGGUCUGGCGCACCUGUCGGCGCUGUACGGCCUGUACCUAGCCGUCACCGUCGCCAAAUGGUACAGCGUGUUCUUUUGUAUAUUCCUCGCGAUAGUAGCGGGUAUAGGCGUGACGGCGGGCGCGCAUCGCCUGUGGACGCACCGCGCGUAUAAAGCCAAGAUGCCGCUACAGAUCAUCCUCAUAGUGAUGAACAGCCUCGCCUUCCAGAACUCCGCGCUGGACUGGAUAAGGGAUCAUAGACUACAUCACAGAUACAGCGACACAGACGCGGACCCGCACAACGCGACACGCGGGUUCUUCUACUCGCACAUCGGCUGGCUGCUCGUGCGGAAGCACCCGGAGGUCAAGAGGCGCGGGAAAUUCGUCGACCUAUCUGACGUCUACGCCAAUCCCGUACUGACAUUCCAGAAGAAGUACGCCAUUCCCUUCAUCGGGACCAUCUGUUUCCUGCUGCCCACCGUCAUACCCUGGUACUACUGGGGCGAGUCGCUGUAUGUCGCCUGGUAUCUGACCAUGCUGCGCUACGUCUACAGCCUCCACGUUACCUUUCUCGUCAACAGCGCCGCGCACCUCUGGGGCAACAAGCCCUACGACAAGUACAUCAAACCCGUCCAAAACCUCUACGUCUCCUUCUUCGCGUACGGCGAAGGCUUCCACAAUUACCACCACGUGUUCCCGUGGGACUACCGCACGGCGGAGCUGGGCAACAACUGGCUGAACCUCAGCACGCUGUUCAUAGACUUUUUCGCGUGGGUGGGCUGGGCGUACGACCUCAAGACGGUGCCCGAUGACGUCAUCAGCGCGCGGGCCGAGCGCACCGGGGAUGGAGCCAACAAGUGGGGAUUCGGACCGGAGGAAAAGGGGCGGUAGCGAGGACUUUAGAGCUAGCUAAUAAAAGAUUGUUGAUAUUUUAAAGUUGUGAUAUUAUUAUUAAAAUGACUAUCUUUUA